GAGUUGUCUGUCUUUUCUUGGGGUAAUAUGAAGAUUGAUUUUGCCCCUGUCGAUGUGCCCCUAUGCAGGAGACUGCAGACUGCUGCAGUGCUGCAAUGGGUUUUUUCCUUUCUUGCCUUAGCACCCACUUGCAUCUUCCUGUUUUUCUACCUGCUGUUCACUCGAUACUGGUUGAUCAGCGUGCUAUAUUCGGUCUGGUGGUUCUUUGACUAUGAUACUCCUGCACGCGGAGGCCGCAGGGUGCCUUACUUGUGUGGAAUCAAAAUGUGGGACUACAUGCGGGAUUACUUCCCCAUCAAGUUGGUGAAGACAGUCGACCUGGACCCUCGGCACAACUAUGUCAUGGGCUUCCACCCCCAUGGAGUCCUGGUGGCAGGAGCCUUUACCAAUUUCUGCACCUAUUCCACAGGCUUCAGAGAACUAUUCCCAGGCCUCAAAAGCUACCUGCUCAUGCUGCCACUUUGGUUUCGAGCCCCAUUCUUCAGAGACUAUAUCAUGUGUGCAGGUCUGAUUCCAUCUGACAAAGAGAGUGCCAGUUAUCCUCUCCGGCAGAGGGGUGGUGGUAAUGCUGUUGCAAUUGCUGUUGGUGGUGCUCCAGAGGCCCUUGAUGCCCACCCUGGGACUUAUAACGUACUCUUGGCCAAAAAGAAAGGUUUCAUUAAAAUGGCUAUGGAGAAUGGGGCUCACUUGGUGCCAGUCUUCUCAUUUGGUGAGAACGAGGUGUUUGACCAAGUGGGGAACCCAAGAGGAACUUGGCUGAGAAGUGUACAGGAACAAUUGCAAAGCAUCAUGGGUAUCUCCCUUCCUCUUUUCCAUGCUCGUGGGAUUUUCCAAUACUCCUUUGGUCUCAUGCCGUACAGAAAACCCAUUCAUACCAUUGUUGGACGGCCAAUUAGGGUGAAAAAGAACGAGAAACCAACAAGCGAGGAGCUUGAUGCCCUUCACCAGUUGUACAUGGACGAGCUCAGCCAUCUCUUUGAGCAGCACAAGAGCAACUACGGCGUGGACAAAGAGACCCACCUGAACUUUGUCUGA